AUGAAAAGACCAAUGGAUCUCGAGUUGAGUUUAUACCCAUGUGUGGUUAGUAUGGUUCCAUCAGGAGUUUCAGAUAUUCAGGUGAAACGUCUUGUUCAGGACCUUGCUCAGGCUAUAUCUACUGGAUCUAAAGAGCAAGCUUCUCGAAUGCUAAAUUUUUAUAAGAGUGAAAUGGUUCAGUCACAAGAGCAAAGUCAGCAGUGGGCCAAAUUAGAAAUGUUUAUACAGGUGUUGGAGAGUUUCAGUAGUGGUGAGCAGGUUGAGAAGUAUUUAUCUGUGUUAAAUUCAGCUUCUCGGGAGGUUCCGCUUAGAGCAGGUAAAUCUGCAGCUGGAUAUUUGAAUCCGGAUACCCUACAGCACCAUAAUUCUAUCCUUUCUCCUUCUGGUGCACCAAGUGUUUAUGCCGAUUCAUUUGAGAAUGUUGAAAGAUUUUCGGAUCGUAGAUCAGCUAUAACUUCUUUUUAUGGUGGUCCUUCAAUGAAACUUGCACAUAAUGAUACCCCAUUAGCACACUUAUCUGAUCCUUACUAUAGUACGAUGGCUUCAGAGACGGAUAUUUUGAAGUACAUUUCAUACACGUUGUUGGCCACCACUUCUAGUUUGUUUCCUAUCACCAAUCAGUCAAUUGAAAUCCCUGCGAAUAUCCCGAAUGGAGAAAGUGGAGUUUUCCAUUGUGUAUUCGAGGCAGCGUUGUUGUAUCAGUAUUUGAGUCAACAAGUCGAAAAGUACAAGUCUACAACUACACUGUCGCCACUAAAGGUUAACUUUUUGACUGUGGUUUCACACAAGCUACGAGAAUAUACCAGGGUUGUGAACAGACUAUCUAACACUAUUGGUUCUGAGACUGUAAAAUCAAUAUACAGCCAACUCUAUACCCAGAUAUUAGUAUUCCGGUUCUAUUAUGGAUAUUUGCAAAAGUUUGAACAAGUCAGGGGCGAUCAGUUAAUAUCCGAAUUUGAUUCUUUAAAGCAACAUGGCGAUCCAUUGAUCAAAGGACUUGCGGAGGAAGUGUUUUCUACUUUAAUUGACCUCUACAUGGAACAUCUAAUAUUCUGGUUAGUGAGAGGUCAACUUAAAUCAUUACACGAUGAGUUUUUUGUUUCUAAGCUUCAGAAUUCUGAUGCAAGGAAUGGUGUGAAUUUUACGCUUUUAGAAGAUAAGAUCCCAGGCUUUAUUCCAGUUUCUGUUGCUCAAAAGAUCUAUACAGUUGGGAAAAGUUAUGUUUAUUUGGAGGUAUAUAUGAAAGAAAUUGAGUGGGCAAGUAAUUUUUCUACAAAAUACAUGACGAAAUUUGCAUCCCUCCAAAAAUCCACCAUCUCGGAGGGCUUUUAUGAACUUGUUCAUGAUCAAUAUAUCGAAAUCACUUCUUUCGUCAAUGUGACUUUGCAAGAAAAGUUUUAUUAUAACGACACUGUAAGAGUUUUAAAGGAUAUAUUGCUAAUGGGUAGAGGAGAUUUUAUCGACAGUAUUAUCAAUAAUGCCUCCAGUUUUCUAAUGGAACCAGUUCAUCAGCUGCAGAGUUAUCAGCUAACAAAAUGUCUACAGGAAUCUGUUCAAAGGUCAUCUUUAAGGCAUUAUCUAAACAAACAGGAUAAAAAUACUAUUAUCAAUAAAUUAGAUGCACGUUUAUUAGAAUCUGGGCACGGUUCUAUUGGUUGGGAUGUGUUUACCUUAGAUUAUUUGAUUGAUCCCCCAUUGAGUAUUGUAUUGAAUGUUAAUCGUUCUGGCAACAAGAAGGAAUAUCUCCGAAUAUUUAACUUUCUUUGGAGAAUGAAAAAAAAUAACCAUUUCUUUCAAGACGAAUGGUUAAGCAACAUUGCGUUGAUGAGGGAUUUUAAGAAGAUUCGUAGGAAUAACCCAUUGGUUAAAGAUAUAGUCAGGAAAGUCUCUCUUAUUAAUGUACUAAAAAAUCAAAUUCAGCAAUUUAAUCAAAAACUAGAAUCUUACUGUUUCACAAAUAUUAUAGAACCCAGGCAUAAAGAAUUUAAAAAUAAAUUAUCCAUGAAAGAAAACAGUUUCCAAGAAAGCUUUAACAUCGUCACCCUAAAAAACGGCCUAAAACUGAUUGACGGAAUAUUAAAACCAAGAUUAGAUUUCUUGACAAAGAUUAAUGAACAAGCAGUACAAGCCGCUGCUUCGGGUCUGAAACAGUACACAAUUGAUGAGUUGGACAGCAUCCACAAUAAGUAUUUGAACAGCGUUCUUGAACAUAAACUACUAGAUGCCCAAAAUGGAAAACCAGCAGGGAAGUUUACGAAUCAAUAUCUCCCAGUGACCUUGAUAAUGUUGAUGAACCAGAUGUUCGAUUUUGUCUUGACUUAUGCCGAACUAAAUGGAAUUAUACAUGAAAUACUAAUCCAGUUGAAUUUAGAACGUCAUGAUAACUUGAAUGACAAUUUGGUAAGAUUCAAUUUGGUAAUGAAAAAUUUAGUGAAUUUGUACAAAAUAUUCCAGAACAGCUCCUUUGCGUUGAUAAAAGAUUUAAAAUUGGAUGGUAAUGAGGACAUGGCUAAAUUAAGUAGAAUAUUACGUUGA